AUCACAAUUCUGGACGCAUGAAAAAUAUUAAUAAAAAAAACUAAUCAAAACUCCACUGUGGGUAGAUAUAAAAUGCAUCGGUAACCGUGCAAAUUGUAUAUUGUAAUUAAUUCACCAAGAAAUUAUUUUUUUUUAAUAAGUCUUGUAUGUUUAUAAUACGCACAUAAUAUUGUUCAAUGUUUAAACUGAAAUAGUAAUUAAUAACAGGAGUAACGAAAUUCAUAUAUCUCAAGAACCAAGUUUUUAGAAGCUUAUUAACAUUCAUUGACAUACCUAAUCAGUUACAUACAAUGGACGGCUUGAUGAUGAAUGUAAUGUGUCAAGCAAUCAGUGCAACUUGUGCGUUUCCGAUGGGUUAUAAAUGUCUCAACAAUGAUUUAACCUCUGAUUUAGUUCAAAUAAACGCUAUUGUAUGGCCUACUGAACCUACUUAUAUGGAGUUAUUAGAAACAAUGAAAACGUUGAUAACCAUGAGCCUUACUUUAAAAUAUGUUUGUGGGAUUUCGGAUGAGGUCAUUUGUAGAACGAGUAAAGUUUUUAAAAAUCCUAGCAUCAGUACUAUCAAAAACGACGUUGGUCAUGCUGUUAAUUCUACAGAAUAUAUUAUGGUCUACAGAAUAGAUGGUGCAGAUGGCGAAAACGGUACUAACAAUGACGUUUACGAUGAUUCGUCAUCCGAAAAUUCAUUCAGUUCCGAAAUUGAUGAAAUUAACGCAAAAAAUAUCAAAGUAGCCGAUUCGGCUGCCACGGAUUACUAUUAUUUAUUAUUUAUGCUCGUGAAUUCUGCUGUUUAUUAUUUUAUAUAUUUCACUUUUUGA